AUGGCAGCUUCCCAGCCCGCAACCAUAUCAGUCGGCGACAAGCUCCCCGACGCCACCCUCUCCUACUUCAACCCCUCCGGCGAGCUCAAGACCGUAUCGAUCUCCGAUCUCACCUCCGGCAAGAAGGUCGUCAUCCUCGCAGUCCCCGGCGCGUUCACCCCCACCUGCUCGCAGAAGCACCUCCCUGGGUUCGUGGAGAAGGCCGCCGAGUUCAAGGCAAAGGGUAUCGACACCAUCGCGUGCGUUUCCGUGAACGACGCCUUCGUGAUGAAGGCGUGGAAGGCGGAUCUGAAGAUCGGGGACGAGGUGAUGCUGCUGAGCGACGGAAAUGGCGGAUUCACUAGGGCGAUCGGGUGCCAGCUCGAUUUGAGCGACAAUCCGGCGGGCUUGGGAGUUCGAUCGAAGAGGUACGCCAUGUAUGUUGAGGAUGGAGUCGUGAAGGUCCUGAAUCUGGAGCAAGGAGGGAGUUUCAGUGUUAGCAGCGCCGAGGAUCUGCUCAAGGCCAUCUAA